UCAAAAGUUCAAAACCCAUAUCGACAUAUUGUUUCAGAUUGUUCCAAAAAUCAAAACCCAUACCUUUCAGUUUCCAUCGCCCGCUGUUGUAGUUCGGGUUCGCCGUUCGCAAGUUUCAGCCGCUGGCCCGCUGUAAGCUUGCCCCCCCCCCCUCUCUGCAACUGCUAACUUGUAUGUAUAGGUUUUGUUUUAAUUUUUUUUCUAAAUCAACUAAUCAAGGUCUGUAAUUCUUGUUUUGCUAACUAAAUCCUUGAUUUUGUGUGGGUAAAUUUGGCAUCAGAAAUUAUUCAUCAAACCUCUCCUUCCCUUUCCUUCCAACUAUUUUUGACAAACACAAAUUUUUAGUCACCCUCCAUCACCUUCCCUUUCCUUUCCUCUCUUUUCCAUUGCACCAAACUGACCCUUUAGAAGAAGUUGUUGGUUUGCUUUUGGAAAAAAAAAAAAUGCAGGAAGAGUACUCUCCGUCGCUGGAAGAUUGCUUGAAGCUACUGAAAGGCGAGAGAGACGAGCAACGACUCGCAGGUCUCCUUCUCGUUACUAAAUUCUGCAAAGGAGACGACCAUGCCUCCAUUCGCAAGGUCUUCGAUGCCGUCGGUAUUCGAUUCCUCGAUCGCCUCUUACAAACAGGGUUGGGAAAAGGAAGUGUUAGUGCGAGUGGAGAUGAUAAUCGCAAUGCGUAUUUGCAGUUAUCGGUCACUGUUCUUGCUGCAUUUUGUCGGGUUCCUGAGAUUGCUUCAUCUAAAGAUAUGGUGUUGAAGAUUCCUCUCAUUUUAGAGAUUAUGUCAAAAGAAUUGGACUCUUGUGUUGUUGAAGAAUGCUAUGAAUUCUUAUUUUUGGUAUCAAGUGCUUGUGAAGAUGGAGUGUCAUCAUUGUAUGAAUCUGGAGGCAUGAAAGUGCUAGCUUCUCAAAUGGUUAACUUCUCAGAUGGUUCUCACUUGUUGGAGCUUGCCAUGAGACUUGUUCAGUUGAUAAUAAGUAAACUGUCCCUGGACAUUAUUAACAAUGGAUAUUCAUCAGAGUUGUCAAAGAUGGUGGCUACAAUAGCAAAGCAAUUCGCUGUGUUGCACAAUGCUCUAAAAUUUGAAGCACUGCACCUACUAUCUACCAUCCUAUCCUCAAAAUAUUCUGCACCAGUACGUCAAGAGUUACGCCUGAUGACAAGUGACAUUUGGUCAACUUACAUACGGAUUGGUAUUGUGGCAAUUCUACAGAAUCGUGUUGCACCUGCUGAAAAGCUUCAUGCUCUUAUUUUGGCGGAGUCCAUGAUAUCAAUGCUGGGAGAGGAGUGGCUAAUCGGUCAAAUGAACUUAUCUGAUAGAGAAGACCGUAUUCCGGCUGACCGGUGUAUAUUGCUUGUUUUAGAGUCAUCUAGGGUUGAAAUUGCAGUUCUUCUCAACGAUCUUGCCUACCUGAAAUAUGAAGCUUCCAGAAGUACUUCGUCCAGUGCUGAUGCAAUUUUUUUGAAGCAACGGGACCUGGCUAUUGUUUUCUCGUUGGUGGAAAAGAUAAUUAAACUGAUAUCAAAUGCGGGUGGAGAUGAAGGGAGCGUUAUUAGCGAUAGUACGUUCACCAAGGUGAUCUCUGGGCUCAAUGAGACAAUUGGUGUAGUUCUGGAGUAUUUACAAGAUGCAAAGGAUCAUAGACAAAAGAAAGGAGAUGAUCUUCUUGCUUCAGUGCGAAUUACUGGGAGCUAUCUUGCAGAAACACCCCUUGCAUGCGAAGAGAAGGUUAGGGAACUUCUAGAGUAUAUGCUCUCAGUUGAAGGUGAAGAUGAGCCAAGCCCUUUUUACUCUAUUUGCUUUUUGCUUCCAAUGCUGUGUCAAAUAACAAUGAAGAUGGAUGGGUGUAAGGUUUUGGUUUCUUCUGGAGCAUAUAAAGCUGUUGUGGAUUGUCUUAUUAAAUUGAUUGGGCCAAAUAGUUGUAUGGUGGAUGAUAGUGGCAUCAUAUUCCUGGCAUGUGAUACAAUUAUGAAUCUUCUUUUAAUGAGAGAACAAAUGCAAUUUUCAUUGGACGAUUCUAAUUUUGUUCCUCUUUUGGUGGCACUGGCAUAUUGGACAGAGAAGGCUAAUGAUCCAUCUGUUACAAUGAUGGCUGCAAGCAUUUGUGCCUUGAUAUUUGACUUAACGUCUGAGGAGGCUCUUCUACAACAUCGAGACUUUGACCGUUGCAAACUAAUAAGUUUGUCUCAGCUCAUCCUGAAGAGUGUGGCUAUGUGCAAGCAGGAUAUGAUGUCUGAUGAUGCUAAGGCAGAAAUGGAUCUUCAUCAGAUAGUUACCUCAGGUUAUUCUCGUUGGGCUGAUCGGUUUCCUUCCAUUAAAGAGGCAUUUCAGAGAUGAGUUUGUCAUUUAGCUCCUUGAUGAAUGCAUUUUCAUCUUUGCAGUACUACGAGGAGGGCAAGUGAAGAAUCUCCCAUGCUUCUUAGCUGUCUCUAUAUGAAAACUUGACAAAAAGACCGCAUGUUUUGCCUUCGGUGUCUAUAGUAAUAGUCAUUCGUCUUCUUCCUCUUCCAUUUCCUCUGUGUGUUUGUGUGUGCACGCGCGUGAGAGAGAGAGAGAGAGGGUAUACACGUGUGUAAUUAUCUGUUGCUCUCAUUUCACAAGAUGCACGCACAUAUGACGAAUGUGGGAUAAUUUCUUGUAGAAGCUUUGUUCACGGAACAAAAAUCUUAAUGUUAUAUAUAAAUAGGUCAAAUGCCUUUAUAACAGAUAUUUAUGCUUAGGAUCCCUAGUGACGUUCAAAUGAGGAUCAUAUUAUUGUUGUGGUCCUCAAUGCAAAAUGUUUAAACUCACUGACAAACAUUAAGGGGGCCAGGGACUUCAACUAGUAAUUUCAUGUGCAAUAUGGGUAUACUUCGGGGAACUUGAAUCGGAAGGAUAAAAGCUUAG